AUGGUGGAAACCUUAACACCCACAUCGAGUUCAUCAUGCUGGUGGCGGAGAUGGUGGGUCCCAGUCAUUCAUAAUCAUAAUCAUAAUCAUCGCCGUUGGAUCUCCACAAUUACCAAUUUUUUAUCUACCCAUAAGACCUUCCUGAUCGCCCUUUGGUUUGCGUUCUUCUUCACUUUGUUUUACUGGCAGCGGGAUGCCGCAACCGGCGGACUCUUACUCUUCAGGAGGACAUUUCCGUCCCGGUCGAUACCAAAGCUUCGCCCUGUGGCGUUUAACUUGACGGACUUUGGGGCUGUGGGUGAUGGGGUCACUGUCAAUACGGCGGCGUUUGAGCGGGCGGUGAGGGCCAUCUCGAGGCUCGGGAAGAAGGGCGGCGGGCAGCUUGAUGUGCCGCCUGGUUAUUGGCUUACUGCGCCAUUCAAUCUAACUAGCCAUAUGACUCUGUUCCUCGCUGAGGGUGCUGUUAUUCUCGGUAUCAACGAUGAGAAGUAUUGGCCUCUGAUGCCUCCAUUGCCUUCGUAUGGGUAUGGAAGAGAGCAUCCCGGACCGAGAUAUGGAAGUUUAAUUCAUGGUCAAAAUCUCAAAGAUGUUGUAAUUACAGGGCAUAACGGCACCAUUAAUGGCCAGGGUCAAACGUGGUGGACGAAGUACCGACAGAAGCUUCUUAACCACACCAGAGGACCGCUUGUGCAGAUUAUGUGGUCUAGGGAUAUUCUGAUAUCUAAUAUAACAUUACGUGAUUCUCCCUUUUGGACUCUACAUCCCUACGACUGCAAGAAUGUGACAAUUAGAAAUCUUACAAUUUUGGCACCCAUCUUUGAAGCUCCAAAUACUGAUGGCAUAGAUCCAGAUUCGUGCGAAGAUAUGGUAAUUGAGGACUGUUACAUAAGUGUGGGAGAUGAUGGUAUAGCAAUAAAGAGUGGCUGGGAUCAAUAUGGGAUAGCUUAUCGACGGCCUUCAGUGAAUAUACUGAUCCGAAACCUUGUUAUUCGCUCCAUGGUCAGUGCAGGCAUAUCAAUAGGCAGUGAGAUGUCUGGUGGGGUGUCAAAUGUCACUGUGGAAAAUGUCCUCAUAUGGAACUCCAGACGUGCUGUUCGGAUCAAGACAGCCCCCGGAAGAGGAGGAUAUGUUCGAAAUAUAAUUUAUAGGAAUCUGACAUUUGAUAAUGUUCGCGUGGGGAUUGUCAUCAAGACAGAUUACAAUGAACAUCCAGAUGCAGCGUUUGACCCUAAGGCUUUUCCAAUACUGAAGGACAUAAGCUACACUUCAAUACACGGCGAGGGAGUUCGUGUUCCGGUCCGUAUUCAAGGUAGUGAAGAAAUUCCUGUCAGGAAUGUCACUUUCUGGGAUAUGUCGGUAGGAAUUACUUAUAAAAAGAAGCACAUAUUCCAGUGUGCUUUUGUUGAAGGUCGUGUUAUAGGGACCGUAUUCCCAGCUCCCUGUGAAAACCUCGAUCUGUACGACGAGCAAGGUCACCUGAUAAAAAAAUCAACCUCUCAAAAUGUAUCAGAUAUAGAUUAUGAUUUUUGA